GGGGAACUAUUUUCCAUUCGGCGGAGGGGGGCUGGGGAGGGGGCUCCGUCGAAUCGCUCCGUCCGCGCUGAGCGGCAGGCGGCGGGCCCGGGCGGGGCGCCGGAGGAUGUCGGGGCCGCCGGGACGGCGCUGAGGCGUCGCUGUCCCCGCCGCGGCGCAGCGGAAUCAUGUCCAGAACUCAGAGAAGGAAUCUAGCAAGUUCAUGUUGAGGUAUAUUCUCAAGACAAGAUAGAGUGACUCAUAUGCUUUUCUGGAUAACGUAAUCCAUGGAUAAAGUGGGAAAGAUGUGGAACAAUUUCAAAUACAGGUGCCAGAAUCUCUUCAGUCAUGAGGGUGGAAGCCAAAAUGAAAAUGUGGUUGUGAACUCCAGUAGUUGCUCAUCUGCUAAAGAGAAAGCUAUCCAGAUAACUGAUUUGUCUCAACAACAACCCAGUAGCCCUUUGAGAGAAAACAUUGCUUUGCAAUUAGGUUUAAGCCCUUCAAAGAAUUCAGCAAGGAGGAACCAAAACUGUGUCACAGAAAUCCCCCAGAUUGUUGAAAUAAGCAUUGAGAAAGAGAAUGACUCGUGUGUCACGACGGGAGCUAGACUUGCUCGAAGGGACUCUUAUUCUCGGCAUGCUCCUUGGGGUGGGAAGAAGAAGCAUUCCUGCUCUACCAAAACCCAGAGCUCCUUGGAUACUGAAAAAAGAAUUGGUAGAACACGAAGUGGUUUGCAGAGGAGGGAGAGAAGGUAUGGGGUGAGCUCUGUCCAUGAUAUGGAUGCAGUAUCAAAUAGGACAGUAGGUAGCCGUUCUCUGCGACAGCGUCUACAGGAUACAGUUGGGCUGUGUUUUCCCAUGAGAACUUACAGCAAACAGUCCAAACCUCUGUUUUCCAACAAAAGAAAGAUCCAUCUCUCUGAACUAAUGCUUGAGAAAUGCCCCUUUCCUGCAGGCUCAGAUCUGGCUCAGAAGUGGCAUCUGAUUAAACAACACACAGCACCUGUGAGUCCUCAUUCAACUUUUUUUGACACAUUUGAUCCUUCCUUGGUUUCCACAGAAGAUGAAGAAGACAGGCUCAGAGAGAGACGUAGACUUAGUAUUGAAGAAGGGGUUGAUCCCCCUCCCAAUGCCCAAAUACAUACUUUUGAAGCUACAGCACAGGUUAAUCCAUUGUAUAAACUGGGACCAAAGUUAGCCCCUGGUAUGACUGAGCUGACUGGGGACAAAAACCUCACGCCUCUAGGGAACUGUGACUCUGAGGAGGACACAACAACGCUCUGUCUGCAGUCACGCAGGCAGAAGCAGCGACAGAUGUCUGGAGAGGGCCACGGCCAUAUCAGCAGGCAAGGGGCUUGGAAAGUGCACACUCAAAUCGAUUACAUCCAUUGCCUUGUGCCAGACUUACUUCAGAUCACAGGUAACCCGUGUUACUGGGGUGUGAUGGACCGCUAUGAAGCAGAAGCACUUCUGGAGGGUAAACCCGAAGGCACUUUUUUGCUCAGGGAUUCUGCGCAAGAGGACUACCUCUUCUCUGUGAGCUUCCGUCGUUACAACCGAUCGCUGCACGCACGCAUUGAGCAGUGGAAUCACAACUUUAGUUUUGAUGCCCACGAUCCCUGUGUGUUUCACUCCUCCACAGUUACAGGGCUUCUGGAACACUACAAAGACCCUAGCUCUUGCAUGUUCUUUGAACCAUUACUUACUGUAUCUCUGAACAGGACUUUCCCCUUUAGUCUGCAGUAUAUCUGCCGGGCAGUAAUCUGCAGGUGCACUACAUAUGAUGGAAUUGAUGACCUUCCUCUACCCUCAAUGUUGCAAGACUUUCUAAAGGAGUAUCACUAUAAACAAAAAGUCAGGGUGCGAUGGCUGGAGCGGGAACCUAUAAAAUCAAAGUAAAAGGAAAUCAGAAUAAGCUUCUAGAAUAUGCUUUUUUUUUUUGUGUGUUACAGUUUAACUGCAGCAAGCGCACCAACAACGUCUAGCUUUUCUGCAAUAUCCUAUUUAAGCUGAGUGUUAGUAUCCUGUCAGAUGCUGCCUGCUGUUAAUCAAACUAAGUUGUGAUGCCUCUUGGAAACAAUAAGCAGACACAAUUCUGCACGUUUUUCAUUAAGGCCUAAUGAAAAUAUUUUUGCUAAUUUCUAAAUAUUUUGUUUCCCUUUUAGAGCUGUAGUAAUUGGAUGAAGAAACUAUGAGGCAUUUUCCAUGGGGCAUUCAUGUAAUGCUAAUAAAGGCUUUAGUAGAGGAGCAUUUUUGCUAAUAUUUGAAAUAUUUUUUUAAAAAAUUUCUUGAAAGCUCUCCACUACUUAAAGUAUUAAUUUAGCUCACAAACAAGUUCCCAAAUACUAGUGAAUUAAGAGUAUUUUCCUUUAAUGAAGAGCAGUUCAUUAGAAGCAGUCCAUUAAGAGUUAAUGGUGCUUUCACGCUAACAGAUGAAUCAUGCUUUUCUCAGUGUAUAAGGUUUCCUAAUCAGUAAGACUUGAAUAUGCCUGCUCAGUACUGUAAUUCUAUUUUAAACACUUGGAGAUUUAAGUGGCAUUGUUAGCAAAAGUAAUACUGUCUUGGACAGUUAAGUACCUUCCAAUGUGAAUUGCUGAUUCAGUGGCAGGACAGGGGAUUAGAUUAUUGCUAUGAAACAAAAGGUUGUGUUUUUUCCUAAAACAGAAUUUGGUGGCCUGACUGCAAGUAAUUGACAAUGGAAGGUAAUAGUGAAGAGAAAAAUAAUGUUUAAUUAUUUAGUCAUCUGAUAUUUUUAUGGAGAAAAUGGCAAGUGGUUGAAUUAUUAUAAUCGGAACACAAAAUCUGACAUAUCUGAAAUAAAUGUCAGGUUUCAAAGGUACUGUUACACUUUAUUUGUAAAUAUCUUUCCAUUUGCGCUUUUAAAAAUACUUUAAUAUGCACUGAUGAUGGUUUCAACAGAUCACUUGGAAACAAGAUUCUAAGUUCUGUUUGCUUAUUUAAUUGCAGAUGGAACUGAAAAUAGUUCUGUCUUGGAUGGUUUUGCACUAAAAUUUUAUUGGAAUGCCCUGACCCCUGUUUCAUGUUUUGUACCAAUUCUGAGUGCUCCCUAGUUUCUUUACCAGCUGCUACAGUGUGUUAUUACUUACUUCUCUAUGGCAGUGACCUGUGCGAGGUAGGGAACAUUUUGGCUGCAAGUACAAUAAACGUUAUUCUUGUAUGCUACACUAACCCUUCUAUUGAUGUAUUUUUCUGCUUGCUGUGCCUUGUUCUGGCUUUUUGUGCUAAUAAAGUACAGUAUGUUCAGUGUUAUACUUGUAUAUCUGCUCUGUUUUUAUAUAUUCACGUAACUUGUAGCAGUUAACUGAAUUUUUAAUAGGCUUUUCUUAGUACUUAGUGUAGGUAAUGCACAAAUACUGUGCAGUUGAAGACCGGUUAGUCAGCACACCAUAGUCCUGGGUUUUGUUACGUGCUUAUCAGAAACCUGGUGGUGUACACCCUUGAAUGAUGUUUCUGUAGUCACUGCAAAGUAAUGGACUUGUCUGCAGGCAUAGAGCAUUUUGCAGGUUUUUGUAAUGUAAAGGAUAAAUGUUAAGCAAAAAGUAUUCUAAAACUUUAUCGAUCCCCUUUAAUGGUUGCUGAAGGUGUUCCAGCUUGUUAUAUAGCUAACUGCUAAGCUUAAUGUUUUGAUACUCCCCACAGAGUAAGGAAUGGUUGUUCCUGUAAAUUGACAGUACAGCAGUGGCAUUUGUUCACUUUUAGACUAUUUUAAUAAAUAGAUGUACGCGCGAACUGGCCAAAUGUCCUGUUUUUACCAAAGAAUACUGUCAAUUUAUGUUGGGGUAUUUUUUUAGUAAAAAGAGUGGAGAGGUGCAAUUUCUGUUCUAUCAGAUAUUUAUCCCAAGCUAUGAUAAACCAAAGUAUAUUUGACAACUUCAUCUGAACUUAGUGUGUACGUUUAUGUUGGUAGAGCUUAAAACUUUUACAUCAGCGGUGUCAUCAUUUUUCUUGAACUCGCAAUGCACCUGUAGGAGAAUGAUUUAAGUAAUUUUGUAAUGACUGGAACAGCACUACAUAGAAGCUCAUACUGCAAGGGGUUAAUCUGAAGCACCCAGAAAGCACUUUAAAACAUGUGUUUAUAUGCUUGUGGAAAAUUUGUGAUCCCGUUAUGCAUUCUUUGUAGUAGCUUAUCUUUCAUGUGUUAAAAGACUUCAACUGUUAUAAUGGAACUUUGUUUAGAGUGUGUAAAUAUCAAGUUUAUGUAAGUAUGUGUACAAAUGUGCUAAUGGUCACUUAACUUUUGAAUUGUGUGUGUCAUUGGAUAUGCAACUCCUGGUUUAAAAUCUGCUCUAAGCAUAAAAAGCGGAAAAAAAAAAGUCACCAGCAUGAAAUUGCACCUAAGUGUACCUUCACUGUGUCGUUCUCAACUGUUCCCUCAGUUGGAUCUGAAUUCCAGAUGAGUUUACUCUAAAUCUUGCUUUCAAUAUUACUCUCAUGCAGUCAGCCUGCAACCAAGCUUUGUCCCAAUGUGGGGACCUGUUUUUUGUUUACACCCGUUGCAGUUCCUUGUCAUAAACUAGCUGAUGAGAUUCUAGCUGUGACAUUAUCAAUGUGGUCAGGCAUACAUAUUCAUUUCAUUUUUUAUCAUGUGGUGAAAUCUUUGGAGAAAAAAAAAAAAUAAAAACCCCAAACCCUUAUCUCAGAAAGUUUGCUCUUGCAUUUGUGUAAAUAAUCGUUAUGGAGAGGAUUUAUUGCUCCCUUAAAACACACAAAAAAGGAAUGAUCUAUUUCUCUACAACUUUUUUAAAGCUUUGCUUCACUGAAAUAUACAGAAUAACUUACUAGUGUGGUUAUGCUAAAAAUAAUCACGUUUUAAAUUAUAGUAGGCUUGAGCGUUGACUACUUGAGUUGCAGUGUAUUUCUUAAUGAAUACAUGUUCAGUUCUAAAGGCACUAAAGCAUUGGUAUGUUGAGAAUGCAAGUAGUUGAUUCCUGGUUUCUGUUUGAGGAGUAUGCUUUAACCUUCUGAUUUAGUUGAGACUAUUUUAUACAUGUUAUCUUCAAAGAUGUGCACAAACCACUGAUUUAUUUUAACAAUAGGAUUCAAUGUAAUAAGGUAUGGUAGCAUGAUUCCAGUCUGAUCUGGUUACAUGACAGAUAAGUAUUUGAGACUCAAUCUUGUAAAAAGUUCUUUCGAGGUGAUUGUCAUUUCUGCAGAAAGGGCUAUAGAAAGGGCUUGCUUGGUAGGAUUAUUUGGCAAAAAGUCUUACAAAGAUCUUUGACCAGAUUUGAAAAGAACGGGGGGUGUGAAGGGUGCUAUGUGAGAAUUAAGAUCUUAGAAUACUCAGCACAACUUGAUGUUUUCAUUGCUUAAAAAUACACGUCGUUAUAUUUUUGAAAGUUGGCAACAGCACUAGUUUACCAACAUAUGGAAAUUACAAUUUCCAUAUAACAUGCUGUCUAGCAUCGGAAAACUACUGUGUAAGUAGAAGAAUAUCAUUGAUGCACUGACAUACAGUGCAUGGAGGUUUUUUUACUCUAACUGCAUCAUUGUUCGUAGAACAGAAUUGCAAUUAAAAAAUGAGGACAUUAAACGCAAAUGUUUUUAGAAAUCUAUCUUUAUGUCCCCAUGGAGUUGGAGAGAAGUAACUAUACUGUAUUUUGACUGCACAUGAGGGUCUGCGCGUUGGGAUAUUUUAUCAGCUUUGAAGGCAUAACUCUUCUGAAAAUACUUUUUCGGAGUAGACACUUGUCCAGAUAUUACUUGUCAGAAUUAAACUUCUUUUAAGAAAGUAAGUAUAAAGCUAUGUUUUGCAUUUAUGUACUUUGAAUUUUGUGUAAUUGAAGACUUGUUGCUCACAAAUUGGUAGUCUUUAAAUCAGAAGCAUGCAGUCUUAGAAAGACCUGUCUGUGUAUCCGUAAUGUUUGACAAGAUGAAUUUAAGCCUUUGCUAGAUGUCAUCCUGGCAGUCACUCUCAUCAUUAAGUCCAUAUUUAAGGUUCUGUACUACUUAGAAACGAGCAAAUAUUCUGAAUUUCUGUGAUGCAAAAUGAGUUUGCUUCAGUCUCCAUCUACAAACCAAAAUAUCUGCAGAAUGCUUUAAAGCUUGUCUCUGCUGCAGAGUUGCAUGUAAGACUGGACCUGUGAAGUGAGAAGUUGCCGAGUACCAGAGAGAUGAAUAUGCAGGGAGCAUGUGGGGGGUUUAGUUUGUUUUCUGUAGGAACUGCAUCUUCUGUGAUUCUUUCCAAAACAACAAUAUUUGUCUCCUUUUAAAAUCAUUCCCAUUUAAAAUUGAGACUGAGUCUUAUUUUGCUCAUGUGGUGUGAAAUGACUACAUAUGUGCUAAACUUUAGUCUGCAAGAAUCUACAUAGCCUAUAUAUAUAAAAAAAGAUAAGAUUAUUCUAAGCAUGUGUACAUUCAUGUUCUUUUUUGAAGCUACCUGAAGUACACCAAUAUUGUGAGCAUUAAUAUAUUGGGAUUCUAACAAUUCUCUCUCUAACUUUCUAUCGCUAUACAGAUUUAGAAGUAGUUGACUCAAGAAGCAAAUUCUGUUAUUUCAAUGAAGCAUUGCCUUUUCUUAUUUUUAUAAGAUACUCCAUUUACAAAACUUAUGUAUCAAUAGGAUGUUAACCUGAUACUGUCUUUAACUCUCGUUAUCAAGGUAACUGUUGCGUAUCAGCUUUCCAAGCUGAAUAAACGUUCACUUUGUAAAUUUGCAUUAAAGCUACAGUUAUCAGCUAGGUUUCUUUGGGCCAACACUAUGUAUUUAUGAGCUGAAGCUCCUGGUGCUUGACCCCUUUUUUUUCUAUCUUCUGUACAAGAAAGAAAUACAUAAUUGGGCAUGUGUGAUGCAGCUAAUGUUGCACAUCUCCUUGUGAAGCACAUAGCUACUCCUGACAAGCAGAAACAGAUCUGAACUUGCUUGUCUGGAGUAACCUCUCUGAUAUCUCAGCAGGAGUUGUAAUGGUGGCAUGCUGGCAAGGAGGAAGCAGAAUUGGGUUUUGUUCUUCUCUGAGCAGCUGUUACAUUGAACAUGGUAUGUGCUUCCUGUGCAAUAAGGUAUAUUAACUCUUUAGAGCCCCAAGAAUUUUAAUAGCUUUUGGAGGAUACAUGAAAGUACUUGGCUGCUUUGUCACUUCUUGCUUUUGUACUUGUAGUUUUACAAAAGCACGAAGAGAUGUAUGUAUUAAAACCGAAUCUAUGUAGUCACCAACUGUAUAAGCACUAUUUUGUAAUAUCUUUAUGGAGAUAGAGAAUUCCUGCACAGUUAUAUUUAAACUGUUUUGGGAGAAUGAAUAAUGACACUGUGGGCACAAAUUAAUUCAGAUUGCACUAUAGACUUACCAGAAGCCUUCAUUCUUAAAAAAGAAAUAAAAUCCUAUGCGGUCUCUGCACAGAAAAACUGUGGUUUUGGUGAUGUGCUCUUUGGUAGGUGUCCAAAAAAGCAGCACCCAGACGGUCCCCGGACCUUUUCCUGACAUUCCAGCUGAAGGGGCCCUGGCAGGCCCGCCGGGCACUCGAGGAGUUGGCUGGCAAGUGUGCUGUGCCCGAUGCCAGCACCUUGUGUAACUGCGCUGGCUCAGGUCUCCCUAGCUCAGAUGGAUUUUAACCCGCUGCAGCUUAAAUGUUUCUUCACCCUGCCUAAUUUGUCUUUGUUAUCUGGUUGCCAAACUGUCUUGCAUCUUAAUAUAGUAAGAAAAGAAUGUGAUUUAUGGCUACCCAGCCAGUGUAUUAAGUAAUAGAUGGCUCUGUCUUAAUAAAUGGGGUAUAAACUA